GGGCGGACGGACAGCGGCCUGGAGAUGGCGCGGAGGCCGGCGGACAGCGGCCCGCAGCAGGAGAGCGACCUUCGGCGGGAACACGCGCCUGAAUCAACGAAGAUGGUAGGGAUUUCCACGUCGCUGAUUGCUGAGAGAAAUUUACUUCUGUGUGCCGGGGAAUACAAACUGGAAGAUAUAAAAGAAGCUCUGACAAACCUGAUGACUGUUCGGUUGGACCGUGAGAAUAUCAACGUCCUUGGAAAUUUUGAGCAUUUGGAAAAUACCAGCAGUCUUUACCUCCAACAGAAUCAAAUUAAGAAGAUAGAAAAUUUAGAAUCACUUCAAAAUUUAAGAUUUUUGACCCUGGCUGGCAACAGAAUCCAGAAGGUGGAAAACCUUAAAUGCUUACAGAAAUUGGGAUUCUUAGACCUCUCAAAUAAUCAAAUUGAACAAGUGGAUCCAGGCGAAUUUCCAGAGAGCCUUAUAAUUCUGAAUAUGUCGGGCAAUGGAUGCACAAAACAGGACGAAUACAGGGAGCAGAUGAUACAAACUCUCCCUGCCCUGCAGCAGCUCGAUGGUGUCUUUGUCCAAAGAAGGAAAGAUCCAAAUGAAGCUGAUGAAGGUGGAGACAAUCAGGAUUUAGAGGGUUCCGAAAAUGAGGAGGAUUCCGAUGAACUGUACGACUCUGAGUCUGAAAAAAUGCAUCCACCACCUGACAUCUCCUAUUCAUCAGGAAAAGUAAAAGAAUUCUUCGCCGAGCUUCGCAAAACAAUGGUCCGUCGGUCUCAAGAGCGGAGGAAGGAAGUCGAAAAAUACCACAAGACGAGGCUGAAUGAAAUGCAUGAGAUCCGUAACCAGUUGGCACGGAUGCGAUGCGAACUGAUAGGAGCGAACGAGAUGUCUAGUUAUCCAAAGAGCGAACCAAAUUGUGUGCGAAAAGGGGAAGGUGAACAAAAUGAAGAACAUGAGGCUUAGGCUGAAAUCUUGGCUUGAGAAUCCAAGGCUGAUGUUGUCACAUAUAUAACUGGGAAACUAGUUCAAUCAGUUGUAACUACUUCAGUUGGAAGAAUUAAUUUUUAUCCGGUUCAUACUUAUCAGAAAAGAAUUCUGAUCAUUUUCAAAAGACCAGUGAAGAAUUGGGGCAGAGCAAUUUUGUCAUUGAAGGGGUCAGAAAUUUAUUUGAAUCAAAUUAAAAUUGAAAGAAACCUCUUCCCUUAAUCUCCACCUUUUCUUUGCCUCACUAGAUAAAUCUUCUGGCCCGUGUGUACAUAAACCCAUGUUCUUUCUGUAGACCGUGAAGGAUUUACAGCGCUCAGUUGUUCAAGCUGUAAAUACUCGGGAUGGUU